GCUUGAAUUUCAGGAAAGCCCUUUUGGAAACAAGACAAAGGCAGGGGUAUAAAAUGAAAACAAAAGUAGCAUGAGUCAGAGAGGUCAUUUGAUUUCACUCUGCACUCAAGACUGCUGCUCCUCUCUGCCCACUGAAACAGAUUGCAGCCAUGGCUUUGGAACACAACCACUCAAUAGAUUACUAUUAUGAGGAAAGUGAAAUAAACGGCACUCAUGACUACAGUCAAUACGAACUGAUCUGCAUUAAAGAGGAGGUCAGAAAUUUUGCAAAAGUUUUCUUGCCUGCCUUCUUCACAAUAGCUUUCAUCAUUGGAAUUGCAGGCAACUCCAUAGUAGUGGUGAUUUAUGCCUGUUACAAGAAGCAGAGAACCAAAACAGAUGUGUACAUCCUGAAUUUGGCGGUGGCAGAUUUACUCCUUCUGUUCACUCUGCCUUUCUGGGCAGUUAAUGCAGUUCAUGGGUGGGUUUUAGGGAAAAUCAUGUGCAAGGUCACUUCAGCCUUGUACACAGUCAAUUUUGUCUCUGGAAUGCAGUUCCUGGCUUGUAUCAGCAUAGACAGAUAUUGGGCAGUAACUAAAGCCCCCAGUCAUUCAGGAGUGGGAAGACCAUGCCUGAUCAUCUGUUUCUGUGUCUGGAUGGCUGCCAUCUUGCUGAGUGUACCUCAGCUGGUUUUUUAUACAGUAAAUCACAUGGCGAGGUGCAUUCCCACCUUUCCACACCACCUGGGAACAUCAGUGAAAGCAUCGAUUCAGCUGCUGGAAAUCUGCUUUGGAUUUGUGAUACCCUUUCUCAUUAUGGGAGUCUGCUACUUUAUCACGGCGAGGACACUCAUCAAGAUGCCAAACAUUAAAAAAUCUCGACCCCUCAAAGUUCUGCUCACAGUGGUAAUAGUUUUCAUUGUCACUCAGCUGCCUUACAACAUUGUCAAGUUCUGCCAAGCUAUAGACAUCAUCUACUUCCUGAUCACCGACUGUGACAUGAGCAAACGCAUGGAUGUGGCCAUCCAAGUCACAGAGAGCAUUGCACUCUUUCACAGCUGCCUAAACCCAGUCCUAUAUGUUUUUAUGGGAUCCUCUUUUAAAAACUACAUUAUGAAAGCUGCCAAGAAAUAUGGGUCCUGGAGAAGACAAAGACAAAAUGUGGAGGAAAUUCCAUUUGAUUCUGAAGUUCCUACAGAGCCAACCAGUACAUUGAGCAUUUAAAUGUAAAACUGCCCUAUCUUGCUUCGAUACACAAAAAUGAUGCUUCUUCUUCAGAUAAAACAGCUGCAUUAUUCUGAAACUCAAAUCUGAAACACUGAAGUGGCAACUUAGAGAAGAGGUUGAGAUGAGGAGGGGAAGAAAGGUAGAAACCAAGAAGAAGAGGAAACAAAAUAAUGCAUAGAAAUGAAAAUUAAAAUGAACAAUAUUGGAAAAUAGCAGUAAGCAUAAGUAAUAAAAGCUUCUAAGUUAAGGCCAUCUAAAACAUUCAUUAAUGAAAAGGCUUAUAUUAAAGGUCAUUUAUAAUUAUUUUAAAUUAUCUAAAUUUUAAUAUAAGAAUGAUUUCCUUGCAUAAUUUUAGUACUUGAAUAACUAUAUGGCAAAAUUUAUUCUAUCUUUCUUUACCUGUUUCUUAAUUUGUAAGUGAUUUCAUAAAA